GAACUGGAGCGGCCUCAGAAAUAAAGAAACACUUGUCAUCAUUAAAGACCUCUCCCAAUUCUACCUUGGCGACCUUGCAAAAAACAGUUGAAGACCUGGAACUUUCCUUGGGGAAAGGUGGAGCAAGUGGAACGUCAAGUCGAUUUGUGUUCAAGUAUGAUGAAAACGACAGCUGGGGCCAAAAAAGCCAAGAGAGCCAAGAGAAGAGUGGAAUGGGACUUCGAGCCAGAAAACAAGUUUUCGCUCUCAAUCAAGUUCCAAUUUGCCGAUGGAAAAACGAGAGAAAGGAAAAUGAUGAUGAAGAGCUGUCAGUCACCGGGGUUUGAUCGGGUCCUCGUUUGAAAAUUCGUCUUCUCUUCGCCGUGUUAUUUUCAAUUGACAAAGUCGCACUUUGGGGAGAGGAUUUUGAAGUGUCAUUGUUUAAUGAGAAAGCAAGCACCGAAAUAUAACUCACCCAAGGGUUUUAAAUGUCUAGAGCACAUUGUGGUACUACUAUCAUGAUCCGUCUAAACUAACCUGAAAAGAGGCCAACGCGGCUUCAUAUUGGAGGGGUUCAAUUGGGACCAACCGCACUCGCGUUCUCUCAGUCAACGAGAGUGGCUUGAGGAUUGACUGGUGAUAGUUAAGUGUUGGUGGUAGUGACAUUGGGAUCAGCAGUUAGACUGAAGCUCGCGUCGCAUGUCGCGUCAAUUCCAUUGCGAGAUGUCUGAAAAAGGCGAGUGUUGUUGGAUGGUGGCCAUCAGAAAGCAGGAAAUAUGAGGGUUAAAUUGCCUCUAUUCUAAUGAUGCGCCCAUACAGUAUAUUUAUAUACUGAUCCUAAGUGAGCCUACGUCAUCGACACGUCUUUUUGCCCGUAGUGGACAGUUCAUUGAGGAAUCCUGUGCUUGGCAUCUCAUUUCCAUUGGCUUCAUCAUGUGUCCUACUGAUUGCUGGAAGUGAGUGAAUGUUGCAAGACACACACACGACGGGCUCAGGGCUCUUUUCCAAUCACAGGAACCGUGGCAAGGAACUCGUCAAAGAUGGGAAGCGAAAGAGAAACAAACUUGUUUACGGUGUGGGGUUUCAUUCCCAAGAUCUCUCGCCACCAUGCCCUUAGAGCAUCUUGAAGUACGGGUAUCUGCAAUAGCUUUCAUCACCAUCCCAUGCAACCGCGAUCCCAUUAAUGGUGCUGCCCAGUCGAGAGAUGGUCAACGUUGCUGGUGUCCUUUAGCUCACUGGAAAUAGAUUUUCAAACCUUGUUUGGAGAGGAAGCCCGUCGGUGUGGCACAAGGCUUUAUCUAGCGCUUCUCAAGGAUUGCUUUUACUACGCUGUGGGGACACACCAAUUUGAAGAGACGGGGAUGAUUGUGAAGCUGGCGUAUUUUCGACAGAACUACGCGUACUCGAACCGGCUUUGACAUCGUGGAAUGGAUACGAGAUAAACGGAACCAUGAAGCCCACUUGAACCCAGCACACACUGCUGAUGGUCAGUCAACGAGCUUCAUUGUCAAUAGCCUCUUGGAGAAGGGGUUCUCACAUCGAAAACAGAUUUGACCAUGAGAGGAAGUAGACUCUCUGGAACAGUUUGUCACAUUUGACGACACUCCAGACUCUCACAGACGUGCGUUGUGUCACAUUCACUAUGUCACUUGGUCCAAAUACCUGAUUGUAAGAUGAAUUUUGGUGCUUCAGUGUCCUAUUUGGUGCUUCUCGGGUUUCAACUAUGGAGUUGCCUUUGUUCAAGUUUAGAGGAUCAUCAUCACUUUCUUGGACAUCGCUUUGAGCCUCAGCAAGACCAAACCUUUCACGAUGACACAUCCGUGUUGGAAAUUCCCGGUCAUUUAAUGUUGGGGGCUUUGUUCCCAAUCCACAAACAAGGCCGUCCUUGUGGCGAGAUACAGAAAGAAGAUGGCAUCCAACCGCUUGAGGCUCUUUUGUUCACUGUUGACCAAAUUAACAAAGACAAAUCGCUUUUGCCAAACAUCACUCUGGGCGUGAAAGCUAUCGAUUCUUGUGAUAAUCCAGUUUAUGCUGUGAAAAAGUCUUUUGGUCUCAUCAAGGGGUUCAUCGCAAGAGAGUCCAAUCUCUCAAACACAUGCUCGCUAUUUCCAGAGGACUGGAGUAAACACGAAAGCCCUUGUAAUGAAAACAUUGUUGGUCUCAUUGGAGCGCAGACAAGCCCAGUUUCGGUGCAGAUUGCUAAUUUGGGGCGACUUUUCAAGAUUCCCCAGGUCAGCUACCUUUCAACAUCGGUGGCUUUGUGCAACAGGCAAGAGUACCCGUACUUCUUUCGCACCGUGCCCAGUGAUAUAUAUCAAGCUCAAGCUAUUGGUGAUUUGUUGAAGCGGUUUAAUUGGAAAUAUGCGUCCAUUGUUCACUCUGAUUCGGAAUACGGGACCAAAGGCUAUCAAGCGCUUGUUGAUUACGUGUCCAAAACGAAAGAAGUUUGUCUGGCUGAUCCCAUAACAAUUUACAAUGCUCAUUUCAAAGACGAAGACUACAAAGAUGCCAUUCUCCAGUUACUUCAAAGGAACUCCAUGAGUCGUGUUGUGAUCGUGUUUGCAGAUCGAGUGCCUGCUGGAAAACUAUUGGAAGCUGCUAAAACCUUGCACGCCAAAGGCCGUUUCAUUUGGAUCGGCUCAGACGCUUGGGCAUCUCGUGAGUCGGUGGUUGAGAAGCGGGAGGAAAUAGUCGAAGGGGCUAUUGCUGUUCAGCCACUCCGGAAGGAUCUUCCUGGCUAUCAUGAGUAUUUUUCUCAACUCAUAGACAAGUCCAACCAGCGAAACCCAUGGUUCGACGAGUACCUUCGACAUUAUCAUAAUUGCUCCAAUUUGAAAGAUGUUCAAGGUUAUGAACCUUGCUCACAAGUUAAGAAUCGGAUUUCUCAUCCCAAUCAGCUUUAUAUCCAUUUUGUGCGGGAUGCCGUUUACGCAUUUGCUCACGCUUUGCACAACUUGUAUAAAGACUCAUGCAAGGACUUUCUAAACGGCGAGAAAGGACGUGGCCUUUGUCCUGAGUUUCGACAACGUGUGUUUCAUGAACUCCCCGAAUACCUGAAGCAUGUAGAUUUUAUGGACGUUGACAAUCAUAAGUUCCAUUUCUACGGGGAACACAAACAUGAUGGUCCGCCGCGGUAUAGCAUCAUUAACUUUCAGCGACGGCCUCAUUCCAACUUUUACGACUGGCAAAACGUGGGAACGUUCCACAAUGGCGAGUUUACAGAGUUUGACGAGUCCUUUUACCAAAACUUCAAGUCGGACACGUCUAUAAUGAAAUGCUCUCGUCCCAAAUGUGAGAAGUCUUCCAUAAUGGUCCAAAAAACGGAAGAUCUUUGUUGCUGGCAUUGUGUUGCUUGUAAUGAUCGUCAAAAAAAGGUUUCCGAUUACGAAUGUGAAACGUGUCCUUUGGGAGAACAAUCUGAUGGCAUCAACCGAACAGAUUGCGUGCUCAUUCCGGAGACGUAUCUCGACUACACGAACAAGUGGGCAAUCGGUGCCAUCAUCUUCGCCUCCUUUGGCAUUCUACUUACAAUCGUGACGGCUUACGUCCUCUGGAAAUACUGGGAUACUCCUGUUGUUAAAGCAUGCGGUCGGGAGUUGAGUCUCAUGCUUCUUCUCGGCACCUUCUUUUCUUUCACCACGACGUUUUCCAUCGUGGCGAAGCCGUCUGACUGGAAUUGUGGCCUCAUGAGGUUUUGCAUCGGAUUUUCGUACACAAUCUGCUAUGCAGCUGUAGUAACCAAGGCCAAUCGGGUCUCUCGAAUCUUCAAUGCAAACAGACAUCCAAGGUUUACCAGUCCAUUCUCGUCCUUAGUGAUUGCUUUUGGUCUAGUUUCAGUAGAAAUUGUGGUCAACAUCAUUUGGCUUCUGGUUGAGCCCCCCAUUACUGUCCACAUUAUGUCUGACCCACAUAAACGGAUCCUUGUUUGUAGAGGCCUCAAUGAUUCUUUCAUGACCGGGCUCAUUUAUCCAUUCUUCUUAAUUAUGUGUGCUACCUUGUAUGCGUUCAAGACCCGUAAAUGCCCUGGAGGUUUCAACGAGACCCGAUUCAUUUUCUUUGCAAACACGGUCACCAGUAUCCAUUGGUUUGCUUACGUGCCGCUGUACUUGGUGAGCACCGACCAUGAAAUCAGAGCCGUCAUUUUGGCCUUUUCUUUAUCAUUGAGUGGGAUUGUCCAGUUGGGAUGUUUGCUCUGUCCCAAAUUGUAUACUGUGAUCUUCAAACCGGAGAAGAAUACGCGUGUGAACGUGAUGAAGCAGCAACGGUCUCAUCUGAGUUAUGCUGUGCCUGACACGCCUCCCAACUCCGUGGCUGUGAACAGUCAUCCGAAUCAGCAGAUGCAACUGCAUCAUCCAUCCCAAUAUUCAAAUCCUUCCGCACAAUUGCAACCUCAUUUACCACAAUCCCAAUACGAGUUGCUUGUCACUCACUCGGGAUCUCAGGUCGAACCAGCACGGUUAGUGCACUCAGCCAGUGCCAUUGUAACCUCAAAUCGUGCUAGCAAUGCCACACCAGAAUCGUUGCACUCGUGUCAGUUCACUUGGAGUAGUCAGAAUCGCCCAAGGACCCGAAGCAGUUCAGUGUGCAAAGGAACUCAAACUUAUCACCCCGAAACUUCUGGCCGCUCAGUGGUCUUCUCUGUGAGUAUGGCCUCCUCAAAUACAUUGAACAACAUGCGAGAAGAAUUUCGCGAAAGUCUCGCGACACAUGAUUCAGACUCCUCAGAUUUGGAUAGAUUUGUGGCUGAGGUCGACUACAAUGACCAGGAUGAUGAAGAGUCUUCGAAGUCAGACAGUGAUGAUAAUACUUAGGUCCAACUGUUUCCAAUUUCCUUUUCGUACGUGAAUUUGUCCAUUGAAUGAUAUUCUUAUAGCUAAAAAAGAUCCAAUUCAAAGUCUAUUGCAAUUUUUUGAAUGUUUUUUUUAAUAUAUGUGUAUGAUCUUAUUGAUGUCUUAAUUGCACCUACAUAUAUGAUCAUGCGAAUUUAUGAGCAUGGAUAUACUGCAAACUGGAAAGAAAUGGAUCUGAACACCAGAA